AUGGGAGCUUCUUCUUAUCCUUCUUCUCCUUCAAUCUUGUUCUCUGGGUAUGCGCAGAAACAGAACAGAGAAAAAAGGAUUGAUUAUGCUGUUUGUGGUAGCUCGGUCUCAAACUCAAAGAUGAGUUCAAGUAGAGGUGGUGGAAAACCUUUUCAUUCACCGCCUACAAAGAAAACAUCAGCUGCAACAUCAAAUCUCAUGGUUGAUCAAUUGAAUUGUGGAGUGGCAGACCUGAGUUUUAAAUCGAAACAAGAUGAUGGGCAGGAAGUUUAUGUUAAGAAGCCCAAGAGUAGGGCUGGAAAGCAGCCGAUGCUCCAGGCCUCCACUGCUAAUGUUUGGGGAAAUUCUGGUCCUAAAGCAUGGGGUCAUCCAACAAAUACAGUGCCCAACUUAGAAAUGAGAAAUAAUGGGGGAAGGGGUUCAGGAAGCAAAUGGCAAGCUUAUCCUAUGAGUACUCCUACUGGUAGAGGAAAUGUAAGGCCACAGUCAGCUAACCGGGAUUUUGGGACUGUAGCAUAUCCUCCUCCUGUGGUUCAGACUCCUCUAAAGUGGUCUACUUUAGUGGCUUCAACACACUCCCUUGAGAAUGACCAAAGUUCUCAUCCUUCUGCAGUGGUUGUCCAUACAGAAGAAGAAGAUGAUGAUGAACAAUCAUAUUUGACUGAUGAGUCUGAUGAUGAUUUUCUGAGUGAUGAAUUUGAUUCAUGUGAAAGUGAAAAGAGCCACGAUACGCGCAAACAGAAUCGCUGGUUCCAAGGAUUUUUCAAUUGCAUCAACAGUUUGAGCACUGAGCAGAUCAAUGACCCUGGAAGACAGUGGCACUGCCCCGCUUGCAAAGGGGGUCCGGGAGCUAUUGAUUGGUAUCGAGGAUUAUAUUCCCUGACGGUACAUGCAAGAACAAAACGGUCAAAGAGGAUGAAGCUACACAGGGAACUUGCAGAAGUAUUGGAAGAAGAGCUAAGUAGGAGGGGUACUUCUGUGGUUCAAGCAGGUGAAAUUUUCAGAAUGUGGAACGGGCUUGCUAAUGAAGAAAAAGAUUUUUCAAUUGUGUGGCCCCCUAUGGUAAUCAUUAUGAAUACAAGACAUGAAAAAGAUGAAAAUGACAAGUGGAUAGGAAUGGGAAAUCAGGAACUUCUCGACUACUUCAGCUUUUAUGAUGCAGUCAAGGCUCGGCAUUCAUAUGGUCCAAAAGGGCAUCGUGGGAUGAGUAUUUUGAUUUUUGAUGCCUCACCGGUGGGCUACCUUGAGGCUGAGAGACUAAGCAAGCAUUUUACUGAUGAUGCAAGAGAUAGAGAUGCUUGGGAACGAAACCCGAUCACAUUUUUUGCUGGCGGAAAACGGCAGCUCUAUGGUUACAUGGCAGAAAAGAGAGAUAUAGAUGAUUUUAACCGGCAUUCGCACGGUAAAUCCAGAUUGAGGUUUGAGAUACUAUCUCACCGAGAAAUGGUUGUGGAUCCACUUAAGAAGAUGGGGGAGGACAAUCAGCAGCUGAUGCAUUUCAAGGACAAAGCCGCCAGACACCAGAAGCAGGCAAAAGCUCUUGAAGAGUCUGUUAAUGUUGUGGGUGAAAAACUUCGCCAGACUUUGGAAGAAACCAAGGUUGUCAGGUUGAGAAUAAAGAAGCACCAUGAGGAGAACAAAGAUGAGAUGGACUUUCAAGGAGAGUUCUUUAAGGAGAGUUUUGAAAAGAUGCAGCGGGAGCAUUUUGACAAGGAUAAGCAAUCUCAUCCAAAUAAUCUUCCUUCAGUUGAAGAUCAUCAUCUAGAAAGGGUGGAGGAAAUUGCAAAAUAUGGGGAGUUUCAGAACUAUGGGAUGAAAGAGUUCAUAGCAGAGAAGGAGAAGCUUAAAAAGGCGCAUGAAGAAGAAAUAGAUGCAAUGAGGCGUAGACAUAGAGAAGAAGAGGCCGCGCUAGACAAGAAGUUUGAACUGGCUGUGUUGAUGGAGAAGUAUACUCCACCAGCCUCAUAUUAAUGAGUGGCAAGCCCUCUUUCCCUUUUCCCUUUUCCCAUAUUGAAUAAUUGGCUGACUGAUGAUAAACCUACAGAUUGUGCUCUUUACCAUUUCCCAAAUUGAAUUAGCUGAUAAAGCUACAGAUUUUGGUCAAGGCUAAACUGUUCAGUGCUAAACAUUUAAAUCAGGCAUAAUAACUG